CAAGUUGCAAAAGCAAAAUACAAACACUUCCUUCCUUUCUUCUUUUCCAUCUGCUUUGCAAAAAAAAAGAAAAUGAAAAAAAAAGAAAAGAAAAAAGAAAACAUAUUUCAGUAGCCUUUUUGCGAGAGAAAUUCUAGCCUUUUCUAUACUUUUCUAACACUUUCCUACUGAUGUGUAAAAAAUGGGAUGAAAUGUUUUUGUGCUAAUCAUUAGUUGACAAAAAAUACAUAUUUAAAACCUAACAACUUGGGUGGGUGAAUCUCCCAAUGUGGGGGAGGAGAUGGCUGUUUCAGUUCUUUUUUCUGCCUGAAAGAAGUCAUUUGCAUUGCUGAGUUUGAGUUACUGUAGGCUAUUAGAAAGCAGGAAAUUUUGAACAAAUACUAAGAAAUUGUGUUACUUUGAUUCUGGGGCUGGAGGAAGAAGAUGAAGAGGGGAUUGUAUGCACUUAUUUCAAAUUACCAUACCUACCAGGAAAACUAUCUUGGAUUUCACUAGAUUUUCAGCAGGUCAGUUUGAGUGGUUGUAAAUGUUUUACAAAGUACAGCAAGAAGACAGACUGCUUUACGCAAAGAAAAGAAAAAUUUUAAAAAUUAUGUUCCAAUGUUUUGAAUUGAAGUGAAAGCUCAAUAUAAAGAUUCUGCUGCUUAGAUUACUAAUAUAUUCGUUCGUGUUUUGGAAAACUUAACAAUAAUUGAGCAGAAUGUUGCUGUGUAAGAGCUUCAACACAUCUUCUAGCAGGGGCAAGGUUAGACAGUAGUAUUUAUUUAUUUACAGAGUGAAGCUUAUAGGCUUUCUUGUGUUUAUGAAAGCUUCACAGCCCUGUGGUUCUCCUGUAAAAUAAUGUAUUAUAGUAGCUACACAUCCAUUAAUUUAUGCAUUUUGAAGUUUGGAGAGUAUUUUAAUAAAAUUUGCUUUUAUCUUAGCGCUGUCUGUUUUUCUUUUGAGUCUCUCGGACUCCUUGAAUAUUCUUCUCAUGCAUGGGGCUGACAUUUCUUUGCACCUUCACAGCUUAUAGGAAGAAAAACAGUUAAAUCCCAGCUGCAUAGUAGAAACAGUCUGAAUUGUUUAAAACUAUCCCAGUAUUUUACUUCCUGAUCAUCUUAAAAAUGGGGUACAUGUUCGUGGUGUUGAAAUUCACACAAGAUUUGCAGGAUUAAAUAAAAUGAUUGACCCUUAUGGGAGUAAGAAUUAUAUGAAGUAAAGCUUGCAUUUGGCUUUUGCAGCGCUUGUUGGACCAGAUAACGUUUGAGACCCCAAAAAAAGGUGAUUGUGAAGCACAUGUAAAAGCCCAGUUUCUCACAACUGAUCAGUGAGAACCAUUGCAAUUGGUUUGGGUUUCUGCAGCUGACCUACACACUCCUCUGAUGGAAUUAGUCCUGUGAACAGAUGCUUCUGCAGAAGACUUGCCGGGGUUGUUUUGUUUUCCUUUCCUUGCACGAUGCUGGAAUUUGAGAGGACCUUUGGAAUCAUUUUAAGUGUUACUUUCCUUUUCAGAUGGUUUAUGCUGCUAUGCAGUACAGCAGUAGCUUAUGGUAUUUGUCAUUUUAUCUUUAGGAAAAGACAAACAGAAAAUGGAGACUUCAGCAUACCUGCAGAUCUACCUGAUGGAGCAGGAACCCAGGAUACCUGUAUUAAUUUGAAUAAAAGAUCCAUAGCUACCCCGACUUUGGAGAUGCCUGCACCAGAAUUUCCAUCCACACCUUUACCGCCUUUGAGUGAAAACAAUGCUAGACCAGAACCUGCAGCUGCUCUUUUGCCGAUAGCAGAUUCCUGCCCUGGCAGUGUCCCCUCUCCCAGACUUUCUGAACAUAUUGCUGCACCAGCUCCUGCGAGGAAGAUAACCGCGCCUGCUCCAGAUGCAGCAACCUCUUUGCCGGCAGAUGAAGCACCUCCUGUCCCCAAGAUGUGUGCUGUGGCCACACAGACCACCGAGUUCCCCGUGCCUGCUGACCCAGCUGGGGGGCUGCCGUCUCCAGCCCUGCAUGUGGGAGCAGCCCUCGGGCUGCCUCCUGCACUUGCCAGGCAUGAAGCAUCUCUGCCUACUUGUGAAACAAAUUCUUUCAAUAAAAUCUCAAGCUUUCAGUCUAAAUCAUCUGUAAGCCAUACAAGCUUCUGUGCUGCAAAAGUAAUGCUGGAAGAGCCUUUGGGAAAUCUGCCGAUCCUUGGACCCUCUCCUCCUCCAGUUCUUUCUCCUUUCGAGCAGAGAUCAACAAUUAAGAGCAUGGCUGCUGCUGCAGUGUCUGCUGCUAUUGCUGUCCGGGCCAGACUCUACGAGCCUAGUGCCUACCGCUCGCUGCUGGAUGCCCUGCUCAUCACGCCUGUCGCAAAGCCUCCCCUGCCAGCCAGCGCGCCCUCCAGGAAAUCCACAAGCGCUCUGGAGUUGCCAAAGAGCAAGAGUGAUUCCCUGGAAGCUGCCCAGCCUGCCCCGGUGAGGAGUGUCCCUGCCUGCCAGGACAACGUGGAUGUGAGACCUGCUCCUGCCAACUCCUCACCUGCUGCAGUCCUCAAGCCAGUGGCACCCCUGGGUUCUGCCAAGGGCUGGCAGCCUCCAAACCAAGCAGCUCCUGUCAGUGGAUGGACAUCAAACAGUAUUAAAUCACCUGGAACAACUGCCCCGAGUGAAAAAGCUGCAACAACACCUCAGCUAAAUGAGCAAGACACGUUGGUUCAGCGGGCGGAGCACAUUCCAGCGGGGAAGCGCACUCCCAUGUGUGCACACUGUAACCAGGUCAUCAGAGGACCCUUCUUGGUGGCUUUGGGAAAGUCAUGGCAUCCAGAGGAGUUUAAUUGUGCCCACUGCAAAACAUCCAUGGCGUACAUAGGAUUUGUGGAAGAGAAAGGGAUGCUAUAUUGUGAGGUCUGCUAUGAGAAGUUCUUUGCCCCUGAGUGUUCAAAGUGCCAGAGGAAGAUCCUUGGGGAAGUAAUAAAUGCUUUGAAACAAACUUGGCACGUUUCCUGCUUCGUGUGUGUGGCCUGUCAUAACCCCAUCCGCAAUAAUGUUUUUCACUUAGAAGAUGGUGAUCCCUACUGUGAGACGGAUUACUAUGCCCUCUUCGGUACGAUGUGCCAUGGCUGUGAAUUCCCCAUUGAAGCUGGAGACAGGUUUCUUGAAGCCCUGGGCCACACUUGGCAUGACACCUGCUUUGUAUGCUCUGUAUGUAGUGACAGCUUGGAGGGCCAGACUUUCUUCUCCAAGAAGGACAAGCCACUGUGCAAGAAACACGCCCACUCUAUCAAUAUCUGAAACUUGGAGCUCGACUUGUGUAACAAAUGUACUGAGCAGAAAGGUUAAAAUGUCCAUGUUCAAUAACUGGUUAAAAUUAUUGAUGCCAAAUUUUUCUAAAAUGUAAAAGUGAUGUGGAAACUUGCAGAAAGGAUUGUACACUAAUUUUUCAGAGUGUUUAUAAUUUAUGAUUUUGCUUCAUAAAAAGAAAGGUAUCAGGAAUUGCACCCAAGCCAGACAAUUAGAGUGUCUACACACUCUACUCUAGAUCUCUACACUUUGGACAUUACUGUAAUUCAUGAUUUUAUGACCACAUUUAUCUCUGUUUCAUUAUGAGAAGUGAAACAUCUAUGAAAGUAAAUACCUGAUAUUAGAGGUCUCAGUCUUGCUGCUAUUCAAUAAAUACAAGGAGAUUGGAUUCAGCAAUCCAGAUCACUUUAUUUCAGUAAUGUUUUUAAAGUGUGUCCAGAAGUAUUGCAGCUAAACUCCAUUAAAAAACUCAAAGUAAAGAUAAGAAUUACACAAAAUACGUAGUUCCAAAAAUUUGGGUUUUUUAAAAAAAAAUCUUAUAUUUGUGUACAGGAAGCUUCCUCCAUGAUUCCAUGUACUUGUGCCUUUGCACUUGAAUUUCUGGUGGGUUUGCAAGGGACAGAGGUUUUUACAAAGCAUUUAAGUGGCUAUGCUGGUAAAAAAGAAUAUUUACAAGAUGCCACUUAAAACAUAAAUAGGAUACUUUUCUGUAACUCAUGUACUAUCAGAACACUAGCCAAAAACCCCUGCUGCUGAGGGUGUGUUUGAUAGAAUGAAAAUGUCAGAUCAAAUCUUAUGGGAGCAGGGAUUUCAACUCUUCUGUUUGCAGUUCAGGUUUUAGGUAGCUUUAAGUGCCUUGUAAAGGGGAAAUUGUGCUGAAUCUGCAGGUAACAGCGUUUUGUAUCCAGAAUGUGAGAUUCUGGUGUUGAAUGAGGGAAGCUGCUGAAGUGCAGCUGAGGACAUUGGUUUUUUCUCAGUACAUUCUUUACCAGGUAGCUCAUAAAUAUGUAUAUUGGUGGUGUGCCAGGUAGCGUACUGAAAACUUAACUUUCUUGCUCAGCUGUUAUGAUUUUUAUUAGUUAAGGAUUUAUUUUUUUCUUUUCUUCCAGAUGUAGGGAAUGUAUUGUUAAAUGGUAUUCCAUUGGUUGAAGCAGCUCAGUACCUCUCAGAUCUUGCAAGGGAGCAGAGAGACAAUGCUGUCAUUAUGCAUUUCCCACUAGCCAGAUCAGCUGAUUCUGUGGCUUGAUAGGAAUUUUGCAUCCACACAGCAGCUAGACCAGUGCACCAGCUCAGUCCCCUUAGCUUCAAAUUAGGGCUUAACUGGUUUAAUUGGAGCAAUUGCAGGCAGCCAAGGAGGAGGUGUGCUCCUCUGCACAGGGUGAAUUUGCUUCAGCAGAAUUGCUCAACAGUAAAGGGGUCUCUCUUGAGAUCAGAGCAAAUUCCUGAAGGAAACUGCAUUUACAUGCUGUUUGAUUCAACUGGGGUGUCAGAGCUGAAUUGUUAGUCUUUAGUGCUCUUUCUAGUAGACAUUAAAAAUAACCACUUACUGGUUUUUUUUUUGUUGUGGGGUGGGUUUUUUUACUGAUUAAAGGGAUAAUUUUAUCCAUAAAACCGUGGAUAAAAAAGUAAAAAAAAAUUGCUAUGGUUGAGUAAAGCAAUUGUAAUGAGGAACAUCAACAAAAGAGGUGGGAAAAAUCUCAAUAUUGCUGUACUGAAAUAUGAAAAAAUAUUUGGCUUUUUAUUGAUUCAGUGGGACAGGUUCACAUUGUGGGGCUGUUUCACUUUAUUUCCUGAAGUUGUUUUUGUUCAAUAUUACCACAUUUCUUUUUUAACUUCCGGUGGUACAGAAGAAAUUUAGUAAAUUUGAUGAAUGUUGGUAAAUAAGAAAUUUGGUGGUACGGUAUAAAGCUGUUUAAAAUGUUUACACUCUUGUAGAUCUACCCUUUUGUGAGUUGGCUGAAAAUCAGAAGGAUGGAAGCAGACUGGACAAGAUACAGUAGCAUAUAAGCCAGGUUGCUUUUAAAAUUAAGUGGAAUGUGGAGAAAUGAGACCUACGGACUAGGUUUCAGUGGAGCUUUAUUGCACAUGUGUGAGGAAAGAGGGGGAAAUGCACAGGAAAAGGCGUUAUGUAAUUUCUGCAAUUCAAACCUUGCAAUUUUAACGUAGGAUAAAAACUUCUCAGUUUGUCAUUUUCCUUAAAAUCCAGUUAAAUUUUGUUUAGUCUCAUAAUUCUAAUUGGAAUUUUAUUUUUAAUCCAUAUGCUCUAGGGUUUGAAAUUUUGAGGUUGUUGAUGAAUUUCAGGACAAAAGCCUGAAAGGCUCCAAUAGAACUGCUUCAUUUAGCUGCUUUGCCUUUUAAUUUCUGCUUUUAUCUAUUUGUUUAAAAUUUUAAAGGAAGCAUAGUCACUGAUAGAUAAUGAAUAUUUAAUGGCUUUACCAAAUUAUAUAAAUCAAUUAAAAGGAACAUAAUUUUUAUUGUUAUUUUAAUAAGUGAGAUUUUAGUAGAGCACUUUAUAAUAAUGCCAUAUAUCUCACUGAAUAUUUAUUACCUUUUUUUGUUGUUGUUGUUUAGAACUAUUUCAUCCUGGUAUUAUUUUGUUUUAUUUUAAACCUGCCUUUACCUCUAGGAUCUUUUGGGGUCUGAGUGUAUGUGUUUAAAUACACUUUUUUCUAGAUGCACACGUAUGCAUGUGCAUUAAGAAACAUAAUUAUAAAUGUGUAUUUGAAUGCAGACUUGACAUAGCAAAAAAUCACUUGGGAAUUUAGUGGGAUUCCCAACUUCUUUUCAUACAACACACAUACAGCAUUCAUGUUAUGAGGGAGUGAGUCAGGACAGAUGUAUUAGUAACCUAACUACUGUAGAUCUUUGCAUGCAUUUUCAGUCAGUCGUUGUUUUUCUUCCAAAACUGCCUGUGAGAGAAUUUGGCUUAACUCUGUUUGGAGGUAGAAUGUCUUUAUAAGUGAAUAAUUGAUCCAUGAUGACAGUUUCAGUAAGUCGUAAUGAAAUAAUUCAGGAUUACAUGUAAAUAUAAAUGCUUAAUAUAACAACGCCGUAAACAUAAAAGCAGGAGUUGAGUUGUGGUUCACUGUGUGUUGGUCUGUUAGUUGUGUACCUAUUUCUUCACAGAGCUACUUGCAUCAUCUAGCCAUGCCAGCUGCUUUGCAAACAUUGUUUUAUGCUAAAAUACCAGCUGUUAAAUCCUGGUGAUUUCUUUGCUUGUGUUUAAUAAUCUUUGGCAUUAAAUUGUGUCUGUUCACAUUUGCAAAUUUAAUUACAAUUGAAAAACAUAACAAGCGAAUAAACCCUACUCAAUACCUGAAA